AUGCAACAAGCUGCUAACAAAUAAAGUCCAAUUCAAACUAACUAAAAGAAAGUGGAGUCAAGGUUCAAUCCAGUCAGCCCAUUAAUAGCACUUGGAUCACUUACUCUACUAUGCUACAGCUAAUAAAUCGCUGAGAAAGUUUCUAACUCAAGGAUGAUUAAGAGAUUUUAUGGUCCUUAGCCAUCUAUAAGUCAAUUCCAAAUGUCAGCAAAAUAUCCCACUAGCUUAAAUGCAAGUAUGUAUAGCAAGCCUCAUUAGCAUGAUCCAAGACUAGCUCUAGGCUUCUUUGUUUUCGGUUUUAUGUUCUGCUACACAGUUGAUUGCUAUAUGUCAAAGUAAAUUGAGAAGCAAAAGCAAAUGAUGGAAUAGAUGAAAAAGUCGCAAUGA